UGUGUCUAAUAAAAGCUGAGAUACAAAAAAUGUCGUUCCUUCAGAGGCAAAGAAACUUUUGGAACGAAAUGCUAUGGAAACCGAAGAAGCAUCUCUCUCUAGACCAGCUUAAAUACCAUUACACGGUCAUAGAGCGGAAUCCAGCAGUCACAGAAGCCAACAAGAAGUUGCUAGUUGAGACUUUCCGUUCCAUCGCUGAGAUAUUGAUCUGGGGAGACCAGAACGACUCGAGCGUCUUUGACUUUUUCCUUGAAAAGAAUAUGCAGUCUUAUUUCCUUCGUAUAUUGAGCCAACAUUGUGGCCGAUAUAUGGUCCUGCAACUUCUCCAGACUCUGAGCAUUCUCUUUGAAAAUAUAAGAAAUGAAACUUCUAUCUAUUAUCUAUUGUCCAAUAAUCACGUCAACUCCAUUAUUGUCCUCAAGUUGGAUUUCUCUGAUGAAGAAGUCCUGGCCUAUUACAUCUCCUUCCUAAAGACCCUCUCCUUUAAACUCAACAAACACACAAUUCACUUCUUUUACAAUGAGCAUUUAAGGGAUUUCCCCCUUUACACGGAAGCGAUAAAGUUUUUCAAUCACCCAGAGAGCAUGGUUCGUAUUGCAGUCCGUACAUUAACACUAAAUGUAUAUAAAGUUGAGGAUAAGAACAUGCUGGAGUAUAUCAGAAGUAAAACAGCUGCUCCUUAUUUCUCGAACCUCGUUUGGUUUAUUGGGAAUCAUGUCCUUGAGCUGGACGACUCCCUCAAGAAGGCGGAUCAUUUGCACACGAGUAAACUAGAGUCCCUGGUUGCUGAACACUUGGAUCACCUCCAUUACAUUCAUGAUAUCCUGUGUCUGGACGUGUCCUCCCUCAACGAGAUACUCAUUGAUCAUUUACUGAACCGUCUCUUCAUCCCACUCUACGUUAACUCAAUGUGUGAAGUUCCGAGUUGCCAUGACGACGAAAACCCCCAUAUUAGUAGCAAGAUAGCAUUAUUCUUAUUGUCACAGGUAUUCCUAAUUCUCUCCACUCCGAUGUUAAUCAAUCAAUUAAGUUUCCUCAUCUUAACUGGCGACCAGUCCCUCUCUCUCUUCUCUUCUCUCUCUGAUCCAGCUGCUAAUGGAGGAGGGGUAGACUCUCCUAAGCACAGGAGGAACAGUUCCCGCGGGUCAAUAAGAGGAUUCAUUCCCCCAGAGGAGCCCCUCUCAUUCAUUAGCUCUAAGAGUCAUGGUAACCCAAUGAAAGUACAAGAUGGUCGUGUUCAUUAUGAGGUUGCUACUGAAAUGGGACCAGCUGGAGCUAACGGACAGGACGAGGGAUCUAGCACAGAAUCACAGUCCCACAUGAAGGAGCAGCUGUCAGCCAUUCCUGAAUGUGAUGGGUUCGUUGUGAUUGAGUCUCCAAGUGAACAGGAGAAGAUGAUGCUAGCUCUACAGAGAAAACUCAUGAUUGAUAGACAGAGAAAGAGAGAGGAGGAGGGAGGGGAGAGGGAGGAGGAGAGUUCAGAACCUGUUAAAAUCACUCCAGUUCACUCUCUCCCGAUCAUCUCAAGUCAAUUUAUUGAUUCUGUGUUAACUUCGAUGAUUCCGCAAUCAAACGAUGAUUCGUCCUGUCUUUUUGCUAUAUCCCUUGUGUAUGCCAUCAUUAGCAAUGAAGGUAUUGAUGGACGACUGUUGGAAGCCUUCUCACUAGUGAAGGACAACAAAGGAAGGUUUUAUCUUCAUGAUGAGUUGGUUGGUCGACUUUUAUCGGUCCUUGAAGCCUCUGCCAUCAGCUCGGUGAGACUGGUCACCCUUCACUUGUGUUUGAUGGUAUUGAAACUGCUAAUUGAUGUACCGCCAAAAGAUGGUGACCAUCUUACCGACCACCACAAGAAGAAGUUGGAGAGAGCUACAGGAGAAUCAUGCCGACAGCUGGCAAAGUACUUCAAGACUUUGGGCUCUAACGACGACACGUUUCUUGAAAUGUUUGAGGAUGAAUAUUAUCACGAACUUAGAUUCAGACUUCAACCGAAUCAUUUAUUAAUGGAUUCUGCCUUGCUCCUCCCUCCAGCUGACACUCCAAUGACUGGGAUUGACUUCACUAGGAGACUCCCUUGUGGUGACACUGAGAAAGCAAGAAUGGUAAAGGAAUUUUCCAUUUUUAUAAUAUUU